AUGGACUAUCGAGAGCAGCGCCCUCCCCGGGCCCCUCGUCCUAGGCAACAGCAACAGAACCAACCCCCACUCUCACCGCCCACGAUACAGUACCCCGAUAGAUCCUCUUCGCCUGGCCGUCCCCAAAUACCCCAUCAUCACACAAAUGUAUCAUUUCAAGUCGACGAGCGAGCCGGCGCACACCCUUCAGCGGAUCAACAGCGCCAGCGAGCAUACUAUUCCAACGAUCCAGAAGCCCUGGAUCCCUCAAGAGUGGGGAGGAAGAAGAGUCUGGUCAGGCCCGACAGAGAGAAGAUAGACCCAGGGCAUAGGCAAUGGCAUUAUCGCAACCACGCUGCAGCUCAAUUGGAAAGUGAUUCAAAUAGUAGAUUCGGGGUGCUGCCGUCAGCUACUGGAAAUUAUCCUUCGCAGAGAGGCGUGUUGAGGAGAGGGAAGUCACUUCUGGGACGCGAGGAAGAUGUACACGAGUCGGGCCUUGCUUUGUUCAAGCGCAACACCCUUCGCCGAAAGCGCCCACAGUCCGCUGCCGAAAGCGCUCCCGAGCCCCGACGCUCUUGCUUCGACAAUAUUGCUCCUGGUCCCAAAGGCCCAUGGAUGAUCUACUGCUGGCUACUUACCUGCUGUGUCCCUCCUUUCCUACUCCGAUCCUGUGGUAUCCGGAGCCCCGAGCAGCAACGCGCCUGGCGAGAGAAAAUGGGCCUUCUUUCGAUUAUAUUGUCUCUAAUGGCUGGCGUCGGCUUCUUGACGUUCGGCUUCACGGAGAGUGUUUGCGGCAAGCCACCCAAUCGAUUCCACGGAAAUGAAAUAGGGAACAGUUCCAUUGUCAUUCAUGGAUACGACUACGACUUCUCCGACUUCAAGCACCCGAAUACGGGAGGCACGUUCAACGGCCAGACUAACCCUCUCAUUCAAGGCGGCUGGGACCUUGCUGGCAACGAUGCAUCCUUUUUGUUUCAGAAAACGAAUCAGCACUGUCUCGGGAUGAUCACGAAGGCCAGCACGUCUACUAUUACGGGUAGCGGCAACAACUUGGACUGGUACUUUCCUUGCAACAUCCACGACAACACUCCCCGCACGAAUCUGUCGAAUUACGAACGUCCAACGAACUGUCAUUUGACGUCCAACUCCAGGCAACUUUUGGACCAAAUUGAGCCCGAAGGAGAGGUUUUCUAUACUUGGGACGACGUGAACAACCCAAACCGUAAUCUGGCCGUUUUUGAAUCUUCGGUGCUCGACCUUGACCUGCUUAAGUGGCUCAGCAGGGUGCAAGUUGACUAUCCUGCAAUUUUUGAUGAAAUGAAGACAGCGAGUGGCACGUACAACAACAAAGAUCUUACAAUGCUUUUCAUGCGUACGAAUCAAGCGAAUUUGGGACGCUGCUUGGAGGACAUUGUUCGCGUGGGCUUCAUUGAUACCAACAGCAUCGGCUGCGUCGCAUCAUCAGUCGUGCUUUACAUCUCCCUCGUUUUCAUCAUCGGCGUCGUCGCCAUUCGAUUCAUCAUGGCCGUCAUGUUUCAAUGGUUCUUCUCUUGGAAACUGGGCAACUUCCCUCGCGAAACUUAUGAGCAACGGAUGGCAAGGUCGGCAGAAAUUGAGAACUGGACAAGCGACAUUUAUCGCCCGGCGCCGAGCGAGUAUCGCCCUAACGUAGGCAAGAAUGGACUUCGUAGCAGGAAGAAGUUCCUUCCUAGCCGCUCGCGUUUUACACCAUCGGAGAACUUGAAGCCAGGGCGUCCGGCUACCACCUAUGGUAUGUUGGAUUCGUCUUCGUCCAACUGGAAGCGGUCUACCAUGUAUGCUGCAUCGGCGAAAGGUGGGCAAAAAGGUGCCGACUCUCCAAGUCGAUAUUCCAGAAGCACUACUUCGUUCGGCGAUUCUGCGAAAGGAGGAUUUUUGGACAACCCUUGUCCUUUCCCAUUGCACAAUGUCGUCCCCCAGCCACCACCAGACUUCGAGCCAUUCAACUUCCCUCUUGCCCAUACAAUUUGCCUCGUGACGGCCUACUCAGAAUCCGUGGAAGGGUUGAGAACAACUCUCGACUCACUUGCGACCACCGACUACCCCAAUAGCCACAAGUUGAUCCUCAUCAUCGCUGACGGUAUGGUCAAGGGUGCCGGUAAUAACUUGACGACUCCAGAAAUUUGCCUGACCAUGAUGAAGGAAUUUGUCAUUGCACCGAACGAGGUCGAACCCCACUCGUAUGUCGCCAUUGCAGACGGACACAAAAGACACAACAUGGCGAAGGUAUAUGCUGGAUUUUACGAUUACGACAACGCAACGGUGGAGAGAUCGAAGCAACAACGUGUUCCAGUGGUGCUCGUCGCCAAGUGCGGUAAUCCACUCGAAGCCAACGACUCGAAACCUGGAAACAGAGGAAAGCGGGAUAGCCAGAUCGUCCUUAUGGGAUUCUUGCAGAAAGUUAUGUUUGACGAACGGAUGACGACGUUCGAGUAUGAGUUCUUCAACUCGAUAUGGAGGGCCACGGGUGUUAGUCCGGAUCGAUAUGAGUUGGUUCUGUGUGUCGAUGCCGAUACCAAGGUUUUCCCGGAUUCCUUGACGAGGAUGGUCAGCUGCAUGGUUCACGAUGAAGAGAUCAUGGGUCUUUGUGGAGAGACGAAGAUUGCCAAUAAGGCGGAGACCUUUGUUACCAUGAUGCAAGUCUUCGAAUACUACAUCUCGCACCACAUGACAAAAGCCUUCGAAUCAAUGUUCGGUGGUGUGACUUGUUUGCCUGGUUGUUUUAGCAUGUACCGUAUCAAAGCUCCGAAGGGCGACGACGGCUACUGGGUGCCAAUUCUCGCAAAUCCCGACAUCGUCGAGCACUAUUCAGAGAACGUCGUCGACACAUUGCAUAAGAAGAAUCUUCUGCUCCUCGGUGAAGAUCGGUACCUCACGACUCUCAUGCUCAAGACCUUCCCCAAACGCAAGAACAUGUUCUGUCCGCAGGCUGUUUGCAAGACAGUUGUCCCCGAUACGUUCCGCGUCCUUCUCUCUCAACGACGACGAUGGAUCAACUCCACUAUCCACAAUUUGGCUGAGUUGUUACUGGUUCGAGACCUGUGCGGCACGUUCUGUUUCUCGAUGCAGUUCGUAGUAGGCAUGGAGUUGGCCGGAACGCUUGUCCUACCGGCCGCUAUCGCAUUCACGUUGUACUUGAUCAUCGUUUCCAUCAUUCCGGGUGGUACAGAUACAACCAUUCCACUCGUACUGCUUGCCGUCGUUCUUGGUCUGCCGGGUCUCCUUAUCGUAGUCACUUCGCGGAAGAUCGCCUACAUUGGUUGGAUGUUGGUGUACCUCCUCUCCUUGCCCAUCUGGAACGGUAUACUGCCCGCGUACGCAUUCUGGCACUUCGAUGAUUUCUCGUGGGGUCAGACGAGGCAGGUUGCUGGAGAGGACAAAGAGAACCAUGGCGAUAAGGAAGGAGAAUUCGACUCGACGCACAUCGUCAUGAAGAGGUGGGCAGAGUUUGAGCGAGAUAGAAGGUGGAAGAGUGGCACCCAGUCCAGGGAUUCGACCUUCUAUGAAAGGAAGGCUGAUAGCAACCGCUAUUCUCUGGCUUCGAAUUCGGAUACUUGGCAUCCUCCAUCCAACGGUUUCGAUACCAGCACUGUGGACUCUACAACGGGGAACGUUAGCGGACAACGAUCACGACAUGACAGCAACGCGUUGCUAAUGCUUCCCACUCCAUUGUCUGUCAGUAGACCAGUUAUGUCGUCGACAGCGUCUGUUCCUUCACGAUCAAGUGAAGAUCAGACCUACCAGUCCGACGUCGGGUCGACCUCCCAUCAACGCCUUGUCCCCAGCCCGAAGUCCGGCGACCAGUACAGCGACUCAAUGGAAUCUACCGUCUCCGGAAGUGUUGGCACGCCCGUACGAUACUCUUCAUCACCACAUUAUGAAUCUCCCAUUCCACGAAUGCCUCCUAACGUCAACAUCCGAACUGCCCCCGUGCAAACAGGAUAUGCGACGGAGGGAUACAACCCAUUCGGGGGCUCCAGCGGCGGCAGUCUGGUUCAGUCGCCUGGAGGGUACGAGGAGAGUAGUGCAUACAGUGCUGAAACGGAGGAAGUCAGCGGGUUCGCUGGUGUAGGCGCAGGGGGAGCACCCGUGAAUCAAGGUUAUAGAGGAAUAACCCUUACGGAUAGCGGCCCUGUUCCCGGUCCUGAAGGUGUUCGAAGAGUAUCCAAAGCCACCGGAAGACGGCAAUCUACGCAAGCGCCUGCCCAGAAUCGAUAUUCGCGUAACUCUAGUGCGUACAACCUCCCGCCAGGCGCUGCGCCGCCCCAACCAUACCACGGUGGCUACAAUUAA